UGGGCCGGGCUGUGCGACGCGGGUGCGGGAACCGAAAUUCCCGUGGACUCCACCCAGCUGCUCGCCAGUCGCCCCGCUGCUCUGUUCCGGGAAAUGUUCGACUGAAACGCCGAGUUGAGUCUCCGAAGUCAUUCGACGACUUUCCACCGCACGAAGCAAGACUUUCCAACUUUCAAGUUACUACCCGUGGGACUUAACGCUCGGCGACAUGUCCAGAUCAGACUACCCUCCAGGGUACGAAGAGUCCCGUAACCCACCGUACGCACCCCACGGCGGCAAUUACCCAGCACCCCCUGGAUAUGGCUUCCCGGCCUUCGGCGGACCUCAGCCGGGACAGCCUCCAGCUCCCUACCCCACCGGUCCAAACACCCCUCUAUUCCCGGGUCAGCCACAGGGCUACCCUCCAGGUCCGUACCCGGGACAGCCUUAUCCUCCUGGAGCCGGCUAUCCCAGUCAGCCCCCUAUGCCUCCCAUCAUCCCACGCAAUAUCCCUUCGGAUGUUAUAACCUCUGAUGACGAUUUUGCCGCGAGGGGAAGUGACUGGGACAGUCUGAGCAUUCGGCAUGCUUUCAUCAGAAAGGUGUAUUUGAUUCUGGCAACCCAGCUCCUUGUCACAACAGCCAUUGUGGCCGUUUUCACCUUUGUCCAACCGGUCAGAGAUUUUGUACAGCAGAACCAGGCUGUCCACUGGGCGUCCUAUGGCGUGUACCUCGUUACCCACCUUGUGUUGGCCUGCUGCAAGGGCCCCCGGAGGACGUUUCCUUGGAACUUCAUAUUGCUCUCCAUCUUUACCCUGGCUCUAUCUUACAUGACCGGCUCCAUAGCCAGUUACUAUGAUACAAAGGCAGUGUUUCUCGCUUUGGCCAUCACUGCUGUCGUCUGCAUCGCUGUCACGGUCUUCUGCUUCCAGACCAAGGUGGAUUUCACCAAAUGCCGGGGCUUGUUCUGCGUGCUUGGCAUUGUCGUGUUUGUGACCGGCAUCAUCACUGUCAUCGUGCUGUCUUUCAAAUAUAUCUACUGGCUUCACAUGCUUUACGCUGCAAUAGGAGCCAUAGCUUUCACCUUGUUCUUGGCAUACGAUACGCAGCUCCUCAUCGGCAACAGGAAGUACUCCAUCAGUCCAGAGGAAUACGUGUUCGCCGCACUUAACAUCUACGUCGACAUGGUUCAGAUCUUUCUUUUCCUGCUGCAGAUUAUUGGCUCGAGCAAAUAAAGUCUUUCGGGACACACAAGCAGUCAUAUCGACAACGUUGCUGCAGAACCAGUCCCGAGCUGUUUAUAGCUUUUGCUUUGUUUCCACGCAUACCAAUAGAAUGUAUAUCAUUGCUGCACUCAAUGACCAUUACUUAAGGGCAGAAUUUGAGUUUGUUACUGUGCAAGCGAUUCCGAUGCACUCUCACAUAUAUAUUUCUACAGUUUGACGCCUACAAAAAAAGUAUUCUGGUGUCAAAAUUUUGCCAGUCUUGCUGGCUUGAAGUAAAAAGCAGACUUAUUUUUUUUUUUUUUAAAUACUACUUCAGUGCUGAAAUGUCUCCAUCACAUCUGUUUAUGUUUUGCUGGGUUGUACUUGCUACACACAAGUUUGAUUUGUGCUUCAUGAGGAUUGGUUGAAUAGAACUGUUAUUAAAUUCCAUGCCUGAUCUAUUAUGUCCAUUACGCCGACUGUAUAGUUUAGUUAUAUAUUGUAUUUUUGUCAGUCUUUCUCAUUUUACUAUGGAACGAUAGCUUGUCAACAAAUUGUUUCCCCACCUACUGGAGUACGGCAGGGGUCACCAACAAGAAUCCCGAGGGUAGCCUGCGGGGCCUCUUCAAAAACAGCUCGCCAGCGAUGGGACAUUGUAAUUUUCUAGGAAUGUUGAACAAGUGAUCAUUUGAAAAUUUCCUCCAAAGUGUUGCAUGUUAUUUUUUUUCCUAGGAGCAAUUAACACGAUCAGUGUCGUCACAUAGAUGACUUAAUGACGUACAGUAAUUUGAAUUUCAACAUAUUUGAGAAGUGUGUAUUCUAUUGGUAUUCCUUUUCAUUCACAAAUAACCCCAAAGUAUCUGUUUUAGAAAGGUUGGUGACCCUUUGUGUACCUAUGUCUUGUAAAUACAUUGUUUGGCUUUUCAUAUACAAUAAAUUGUUUUAUUUCUGA